GUUUACUUGUCACUUGUCAGUUUGUCAUUGUCAAAGACAGUCAAUCGAAAGCAAAAUGUCCUGCACUUCAGUGGUUAGAAAACAGGAUUUGCCUCCUCCGGGGGGCUACAAGCCCAUCCCCUACAAGAGAAUCCCGGCUAAACAAUUCUUUAGCGGAUAUGCCAUGUUCGCUGGCUUCAUCGGCAUGACCACCGGAUCUCUCUACCUGUACUACCUCAACUACAAGCAGAUCAAGAAGCACGAGAUCGAGAUGCGUUCGGCCAAGAUGGCCAUCUACCCGAUGCUGCUCGCCGAGCGUGACCGGGAGUACCUCAAGCAGCUGCGGAGGAACAGGGACGCUGAGGCGGACCUGAUGAAGGACGUGCCUGGAUGGGAGGUCGGAACCUACUACGGCGAGAAGGUAUACAAGCUGCUGCCCCCGGACACACUUGUGGAGCCCAUCUUCCACGAGUAUUACGCCCACACUGACCCCAUGGCGUGGUACAAGCGCGCCUACAUAAAACUCCUCAGCUAAAUGGACCAAUGGGGACUGUGGACUGACAGUUGUGAGCUGUAACAUCUGUUUUUAUAGCCCUGAUAUCUUAUUUUAUAUUUGAGGAGGCCUUUGGCACUAGUCCGACCAGGCCCCGUAGCCGAAUAAUGGCAUUUCUACGACGUCAAACGCCGCAGAAAUGCAGUCUGGCUCUGUCGCGCCAAUACGCAAGAGCGAUAGAUAGCUACGAAAGAGAUAUUAUCGUGAGCGUUUGUGCUUUGGACUGCGCACACAGAAGCGAGUAAACGAUGAAACGAACAAAAGAUAGUCGCCCCCGUGGAAAUAAAAGAGAUAGCGAAUGAUUUAUACUUCAUCGGUCUAUGACGAACGCUCGCGCUAUCGUCGCGUCUCUUUUAUUUACACGGGAGCCACUAUCUUUUGUUCGUUUCUAUUGCUGAUAGCUCAUCGCUUUUGCCACCAGUGCCUAAGAGGUCCACCCCGAAAAACAUUUAAAAUUUCUAUCGCUCGAAUAUGUAGCAAUAGAAUUAUAUGCAUAAUGAAAUUGAGAUUUUCGCUUUUGUGGAAUGCCUGGGGUAUAAAAACAGAGCUUUACAACAAAAUUUUACUAAAGUUAUGUAAUUUAAUCAUGGUCCAUGUUAUUAGAGGAUGUCGGAGUUAGUUCAAAUGAAUGAGGGUGUAGAUUGACUGCCACUGCUUUCCGUUUUUAAAACUAUUUUAUUUUAGCCGUUAAUUUACAAAUAAAUCAAUAUAAGCAGUC